UUCAAACCGAUAAAUUGAUCCGACCCGCUGUUUGUUCUCGUGGUACAAGCUUCUAGCCGCCGAUUGGAGUUUACGCCAGUGGAAUACGCAAAAGUGUUCGUUUCGCUGAAGGUGGAUUAAAAAAAAGAAGAAGAAGAAUUAUAGCAAGAAAGAGAAAUAUAUGUAUGAUAUUUAGAUAUAUAUACACACAACACACGGCGUUGGUGGAGAGUGUUUCGCGGUGUUUGUGUUGGAUGCGCCACGAUGCGUCUUCUUUGUUCAAAAGGCUAAGUAAACAAAAGAGCUGGGAUUCGUUCGAGUGAAAACAUUCGGAAGGAAAGAACGUACAGAGAUCAUGUUUCCCAACCGCCAUCCAGGUCCCCACACCCCUGGGCAGCCCUUCAAGUUCACCAUCACCGAGUCAUGUGACCGGAUUAAAGAGGAGUUUAGUUUUCUACAGGCUCAAUAUCACAGUUUGAAAAUGGAAUGUGAAAAGCUUGCACAGGAGAAAACAGAAAUGCAACGACAUUACGUAAUGUAUUACGAGAUGUCCUAUGGUCUCAAUGUUGAGAUGCAUAAACAAACAGAGAUUGCCAAGAGGCUGAAUGCAAUAUGUGCUCAGGUGAUUCCGUUUCUCUCUCAGGAGCAUCAGCAACAGGUGGCAGCUGCAGUGGAGCGAGCCAAACAGGUGACGAUGCAAGAACUCAACGCAGUGAUAGGGCAACAGAUGCAAGCCCAGAACUUCCCUCAUGCUGCCCAUGCAUCGGGGAUUCCAAUGCCCCCUCACCCCGGGGGACUGCAAGCACCUCUACCUCCCGUCUCAGGGGCAGGGCUGCUGGCCCUUUCUCAGAGCGUCGGUUUCGCAGCACACGCACACAGUUUGGCAGCUUUAAAAGAAGAAAAAUUGGCAGAAGAAAAACAUAGAGCAUCUACAUCUCCUGGUGAUAGAGAUAAAUAUCGUGGGAGAAGUCGGUCUCCAGAGUUGAACAGUCGAGACUUGAAACGAAAAAGACAGGAUGAGAAAGCAGAUAGUGAUGGAGAAAAGAGUGAUCAGGAACUUGUAGUUGAUGACCACACAUCUCCAAUGAAUGGAGACCUGUCUCCCAGGGAAAAGAGUAAAGACUUGCAUCAUGUGAAGAAAUCGGACCAUGGCAACAGUCCCCAUAGCGACGCAUCUUCUCAUGCCAGCUCAUCGUCAUCAAAAGUCAAAGAAAAUGAUAAACCCAUUGCUCCAGGAGCCAAAUCAGUGACACCGACCAACUCGGGCAGUGGAACACCGGGGCCCUCUGGUGGAGGGAGCGGCGGUAGCAGCAGUGGAGGAGUUAAACCAGGUGCCAAAGUCCACCCGUUUGCAACAUAUCCCUUUCUGCCCCACGGGGAAAGCAACUUUAACGGGGUGGGACACAACAGCGUGUCCCCCGGGCCACUCAGCAACUACCCCCGGGCUGUAGCUGGCACGGUUGGCUUUGAUCAGCAUGCGUCAAUCCCGGCCCUCAUGCGACCAUCACUGAACAUUCCAGGUGGAAAGCCAGCAUAUUCCUUUCAUGUGAGUGGUGAUGGCCAGAUGCAGCCGGUUCCAUUCCCACCGGACGCUCUGAUUGGCACAGGGAUUCCCAGACACGCCCGUCAGAUCAACACAUUAAAUCAUGGAGAAGUCGUGUGCGCUGUUACUAUUAGCAACCCCACAAGACAUGUUUAUACGGGUGGAAAGGGAAGUGUGAAGGUCUGGGACAUUAGUCAACCCGGAAACAAGAGUCCAGUUUCACAGCUCGACUGUUUGCAACGUGACAACUACAUUCGUUCUAUAAAACUCCUUCAAGAUGGCCGAACACUGAUAGUUGGUGGAGAAGCUAGUACCUUGUCAAUAUGGGACUUGGCUGUUUCGACUCCGCGUAUUAAAGCUGAACUCACGUCGAGUGCCCCGGCUUGCUAUGCUCUCGCCAUCAGUCCGGACAGUAAAGUCUGUUUUAGCUGUUGUAGUGAUGGAAACAUCGCUGUUUGGGAUCUGCAUAAUCAAACUUUAGUCAGACAGUUCCAGGGUCACACCGAUGGUGCUAGCUGUAUUGACAUCUCGCCGGACGGAACGAAACUCUGGACUGGCGGUCUCGAUAACACCGUCCGAUCAUGGGACUUGAGAGAGGGUAGACAACUUCAACAGCAUGAUUUUACGUCUCAGAUUUUCUCUCUUGGUUUCUGUCCCACUGGGGAGUGGCUAGCAGUUGGCAUGGAGAGUAGCAAUGUUGAGGUGCUGCACCAGAGCAAGCCCGACAAGUACCAGCUGCACCUCCACGAGAGCUGCGUCCUGUCGCUCAAGUUCGCCUACUGUGGCAAGUGGUUCAUCAGCACAGGGAAAGACAAUUUGCUCAAUGCCUGGAGGACGCCGUACGGAGCCAGCAUCUUUCAGUCAAAGGAAUCUUCAUCUGUGUUGAGUUGUGACAUCUCCGCUGAUGACAAGUACAUUGUAACAGGUUCGGGGGACAAAAAGGCGACACUUUAUGAAGUUAUCUUCUGAUCCACAGAAAACAUUCUGUGAAAACAAAAAGAGUCUAAAAUAGAAAAUAUUGGAUGGACCCACCAACAUAUAACUACAGCAGUUCAGAAAUUCUGGAAUGUUACUGUUAAUAAAUUCCAGCGGAUUUAUUAUAAUUCUUGGAAACAAUCGAUGGUGAACAAGUACUAUUCCAGGUCUUACUGUCGCGUACCACUGAGCAUCGUCUCACCAUUUGUCAAUUCUCAUUGGCUCAGUCAACCCAUGUGACCAUUUAUGUUAACAAUGAUGGGAUGUGUUGCUUACUGUUGUGACUAGUGGAGCAUUAAAAGUUCUGUAAUUUUCAUUUUGACAGCCUAUUUUUGAUUUGAGUGCAAUUUUGUCCAUGCCUUCUGGUGUCAUAUAAUAUAUCAUGGAAAAAUAGCAGCAUUUGUAACAUUUUGACCAAUGAAAAAGAGAGUUCUAUCAGUGGUUGUGAUUGGCUAGUUUCCCAGAAGAUUACUCUAUAAUCUUCUAUACUACUGGAAGAGACUCUGAAGGAAAAAAUAUGUUAAAUGUCUUCUAAUGGAAACUGAUGCAUAUUUACAGUUAUCCUCUUUGUCUAGUAACCUAAUGAAAAUGUGGCAGCCGGGUAACAUGUUAUUAUUGUUCUCAAAAUGGAUCUUGAACAUGUAGCCUUGCUAGAAUAUUCCAUGAUGUCAUGAUCAUUCUCCAAAUGGAUGUUGGAUAUGUAGCCUUGUAAGGAAUAUUCUUUUGAUAUUUUUGUGUUGUAUUGAGACAAAUUCCAUUUAAUAAGAUGAGUUUUGUGUUUGUUUAACAGUGAAAAACAGCAUUAAAAGAUACUAAGACACACACACCAAAAAAAGAAAAUCAAGAAAAACAUGUUCUGUGGAGAUGCCAAAGAACUGGAUGUUCUUGUUCAGGGUUUUUUUGUUGUUGAAUUGUGUGUGAAUUGUGACAGAACGCAUAAUGAUGCAGCUAGGUCAAAAUUGUUCCAUGGUUUCUUUGACAGGGCAGGGGUGUUGUCUUUUGACAGGAAUUUAGUUUCAAUAUUGAUUUAGCUUUUGGUGUUAGUAUGUGAAAAAUGAAAACUGUGUAUGUCAGGUAUAAUUACCAUUGUAUUGAAAGCAAUUUGCAGGAUCAAUAAAAACUCUGUGGUCAUAACAGGCCAUGAUAAACUGUACAAUGAGUUCAUUCUACUCUGGUCAGUCUUGCACCAUGGCUCAUUCUAGAGUUCUGUGUAGUCAGUGGGGAGCCCGAAACAAUUGUACAUGGACAGGUUAGUCAACCAUUUCCUGCAUGUUUUUAUCCAGUAAUGACUGGAGAAUACACAGCCUUUGAGUCUCAAACAAUUGUACAUGGACAGGUUAGUCAAUCAUUUGCUGCAUGUUUUUAUCCAGCAAUGACUCGAGAAUGCACAGCCUUUGAGUUCUUUGAAUAGAUCUGAGAAAAGGGUGGUUUAUUCUGUAUUAUUUUGUAGGAAUAUUUCUCACUGAAUAUAUAGAUUAUUCCUAGAGUAAUGUGUAGGGACUGACCAACACCAAAACAUUACAAUCUAGAACAUUGCAGUCAACUUUUAAAACACUGUAGUCAACUCUAGAACAUGGCAGUCAACUAUUAAACAUUGCAGUCAACUCUUAAACACAGCAGUCAACUUUAAAAUACUGCAGUUAACUCUAGAGUACUGAAGCCAAUGCAAGAACAUUGCAUUGCAGACUGUAGCUGAUGCUAGAAUACUGCAACCAACACUAGAACACUGAAAGUUGAAUCUAGAACACUGCAGUUAACUCUAGAACACUGCAGCCAACCCAAAAGCACUGUUGUCAACUCUAGAAAACUGCAGCUAACUCGGAAAUAAUGCAGUCAAAUCUAAAAAAAGUGCAGAACACUGCAGCCAAUUCUAAAACAUUGCAGCUAACUCUGAAACACUGCAACCAAGUCUAAAACAUUGCAGCUAACUCUGAGAUACUGCAACCAAGUCUAAAAAAUUGCAGCUAACUCUGAAACACUGCAACCAAGUCUAAAACAUUGCAGCUAACUCUGAAACACUGCAACCAAGUCUAAAACAUUGCAGCUAACUCUGAAACACUGCAACCAAGUCUAAAACAUUGCAGCUAACUCUGAAACACUGCAACCAAGUCUAAAACAUUGCAGCUAACUCUGAGAUACUGCAACCAAGUCUAAAACAUUGCAGCUAACUCUGAAACACUGCAGUAAAAUCUAAAACAUUGCAGCUAACUCUGAAAUACUGCAACCAAGUCUAAAACAUUGCAGCAAACUCUGAAACACUGCAAUCAAAUCUAAAACAUUGCAGCUAACUCUGAAACACUGCAGCCAAUGCUGGAACACUGAAGGCAACUCUAAAACACUCCAUCUUUCUUAGAACGUACCAGUACCUACUUCCACCACAUCUGGCUCUUUGUUUUUGAAUGUUGCACCAUUCAGUAAGUCUCAAGUCUAGCACCAUAUAAACUCUGGGACAAAAUUAAAGAAUGUUUAAGUUAUCUUAACUGCCUGAGUUUAGACUAUUUAAAAAAAAAAGAUUUCAGAAGCAUAUAUAUGGUGAUGUUUGAUAGUGGACCAUUUACCUUGCCAUGUGUAUUCCAUUGAAGGCUGAUCUCAAAUACUGGAAUCAUUAUGUGUAUCAUACAUUGACCUGCAUCUACUGGACUUCAGAAAGGACAUUCUUGUCUGAAUGAUAUAUAAAUAUAUAUAUGUAUAUAAUAUGUAGAAAUCACAUGAACGGUACAUUCUGGGUAGAUCUUCAUUGUAUUGUAUGUGAACAUUUCUUCUUCGUUUGUUUUUGCUUGCAUGGAUAUAUAUAUAUAUAUAUAUAUAUAUAUAUAUAUAUAUAUAUAUAUAUAUAUAUAUAUAUAUAUAUAUAUAUAUAUAUGAAUGAAGUUGUAUGUCCAUAUGAAUGUGUUUAUGGCAAGUGAGAAUGAGUGGGUGUAUUUUCAAACAGCUUUAUUCAUGCAAAAUUCGUGGGUACAUAAUUAAUAUUUGCUGACAGUUUUUACGUUUUCGGCUUAGCUGAUUGGCCAGCUGUAUCUGUAUGAUACCACUUAGCUGAUUGGUUAAUUGUAUUUUUAUAUGGUACAGCUGAGCUAAUAGUCAGUUUUUGCAUAAUGCAUCAUAGUUGAUUGGUCAGAUGUAUAUUUGAAUACUACAGCUGAGCUGAGCUGAUUGGUCAGUGUUUUUUAUUGUAUGGUGUAGCUCAGCUGAUUGGUCAGUUGUAUCUUUGCAUGAUACAUCAUAGCUGAUUGGUCAGCUGUACGAUACAGCAUGGUUGAUUGGUUAGCUGUCACCACUGUUGUUCAUGAAUUGUGUGCCAUUUUGCAUCAGGAUAUGCCAUCACUGGUUUAAAGCCUAGACGUAAUGUAGCCAUUUUGUUUUAAUCAGUUUCAACCACAGCAGGUUUUGGAUUUAGAUGGUGAUUAACAAUUGGGAGGAUCUCAUCGUAUCUGCUCAACAAAAUUAGUUAAGGACCAGUAUAUAUUUUCAGCAUUUAUCUUUAAAUAUGGUAUAAAAUAAAUAAAAAAAACAUUCGCUAACCUAAAGAAAUGUAACAAUGACCAUAUGCUUGACGUCCAAUAGCCGAUGAUAAGAUAUAAAUCAACAAACUUUACUAAAUAAUUUUGGGUCUGGGCUAGUGGAAAUUAUUAACUGUCUUACUACAUGUAUAAUAUAUAUGGCUCUAGACAAAGCUUUUGUGAGGCUAGUGAGUUUCUCAAACAUUUGUCAAAUACUGAUUGUACGGUAUCGACAUUGUGAGAUGUCCAUUUGUUUACAUGUGUGUGUAUUUCAUUCUUCUCUACAAUGUAAUCCUACAGUUUAUGAGAAUAAACUUCACUGACACUGUCAACACAUUCAUUCUCAUUGUCUUAAAAUUAAUGAUUUAAACAACAAUUUUAGAGCAAACAAAAUGAUAAGUACCAAGCCAAAUUAAUAUUUCGGUAAAACGUUUAAUAAAAGUGUACUCUGUGCAAUAUUUAUGCAUGCAUAACAGUAGAAUUUUACUGCAGCCAUGUUUAGAAGUCGCUGAUCAAAACUUGCUGAAACAGAAUGACACUAGCAAAGAAUUAUCAAAAGGUCUACUGGCCCUUAACUAAUAUUGUUGAGUCUAUUUUCUUUCGACCAAGAUGAGAAUUGGUAGUGGUUCAUGACAUCAUCGGUGAAACCGAUUGACAAUUUCAACCACCUGAGAUUUAAGCGCAACCCUUCAUGGCCCUUCAAGCUCUGACAUAAUUAGGCAUUCUUUCAGGAGGGUAGAUGUAUUUUGUUCCAGGUCUUUAUUUUCUUUAUCACCUUGAUCUAGUGGUGUGAAGAACAGGUCUUGAUGGAACUUGGAAAAACACUUUCAAGACGAGUAACGGGGACAUUUAGCAAUUUCAGUAUGAUCAUUUGGUCUUCCUUCCUUUCUUCUUUCUUUUCUUUUCUUCGUAUUCAGUGAUAAUUAAAACCCCUAUCUCAUUUAAAUACCCAGCAUAUUGCCUUUGUAAAAUAUUAGAUCCUUCUGAACUUUGGGACGCUCCGGCACUUCUGAAGUUGAUCUUCCAGAAGGCCAGCAUCGAGUGCAGUCGUCAAUCAUUUUGGUAUCCUUGCCCUGCUGUGGUAUCUACUGCUACGACGAUGGCUUCGAGUAAAUCUGUGAUAGUGUGUCGUGGUUUUCUUCUCACCGUUACAUUUACUGUUACAUGUAUAGACGACAGACGCGUAGGACACUCACUAUAGGCUCUGGUUACCAUUCUGUGGUGUUCUACUUCAUUAAUAAAAAAAAGUAACAUUAUUGUCAGAAA